UAUUCUAUAUUGAUCAGUGGAGGGAAGGUACAAAACAAGAGCAGACGAUAAUCGUUAACAAAAGCAUUCCAGACUUUCAUUUCCUGAAAAGAUUUGAGGAAUAUGGCAUUGAUAGGGAACAAUGGGAUUUAACUAAGAGCAUACCAGACAACCCUUUACAAGUCCGGAAUAUGGUUGUUUCCCAAUCACUUAAUGAAAUGAAGACCGAUGACAUAUUGAGAAGCGGACAUUCGAUUGAUGAUAUGCUGAUACACUGUUCUAUCGACUCAAGGCGUUGUAAUUCGAGUGUAUUCACGCAUUUCAAGAGUGCAAGGUUUGGCAACUGUUACACGCUACAGGCUGAUAAGUUUGUCGCCACCGUACCUGGACCAGCCUAUGGUCUGACACUGAUGCUGAACCUUGAUGUUAAUGACUACGUUAGCCCAUACAGCAGUGGAUAUGGACUGAAACUUUUGGUCCACGAGACAGGAACACAUCCAUUUAUUGAAGAACAUGGGGUGACUUUAGCUCCAGCUUGGACAUUCGUCAGCCUCAAACAGAAAACAAUAAAUAGACUGGGACAUCCACAUGGGAAUUGUGACAAGCACCUUGAAUACAAGACCAAGUAUGGAAUAGUAUACACAAGAAUGGCAUGUGAACAGAUUUGUCUCGUGACCCUGACGAAGGAUAUAUGUGACUGUAUGACAGGAUUCGUUUCCCUUGACGAAACGAUAGUUACCCAAACAAACAAAACAUGUGACGGUUAUAAAGUUUUAUGCUCCUUGAUGGUACUAGAAGCUCAAGUGAGGGGUGACCUGCCUUGCCCCUGCACCAAUCCCUGCAGCGAGACCCACUACUCCACCACCAUAUCAAGUCUAAGCUGGCCACACGAGGAAUACCUGAGGAAUGAACUAAUACCACUGAUGUGUACAGAAGAAAUCCAAGCUGUGAAAAUUAAGAAAGCGACGGGCUAUGACUGCAAUGAAAUAAGAAACGGCACCGCCAAUAUCUCACUCAAUACACUCAAUAUAGAUACGCUUCGUAACAACUUUUUGAAACUAGAUUUGUACUUUGAGGAGUUAUCCUAUGAACACAUUGAAGAAGUCCCGGCCUAUGAUAGUGUCCAGUUUCUGUCCGAUAUUGGUGGUACCGUCGGUUUGUUCGUGGGUGCGUCCGUCCUAAGUGGAGUUGAACUAAUUCACCUUCUGGUGGAGUGUUUCCGGUAUGUCCUGUUCCGGCUCCGCAACAAAUGACCUUUAUUUAGACAAAGUGCAUGUGAUCCUUGCUUUAGCGAAUUAUGAGUGUACAUAAAAUACAGUUUUAAAUCAAUAUUUUCAAUGAAUGUCAAAUGAAUGUACGCUUCAAUGUACGUAUGGGCUUAUUAAAGUCUUGUAGUCGA